AUGCCUAAUCUCAAGACCUUGUUAACGGCCGUGUUCCUAGCCACUGGAGGUUUCCUCUUCGGCUAUGACAGCGGUAUCAUCACCUCAACAAUUGGCCAAACCCAAUUCAUAAAAUACUUCUCCAACCCUAGCGACACAGUAACCGGCGGAAUUGUCUCAGCCUUCCAAGGGGGCGCCAUCCUAGGAACAAUCAUUAACAUCUUCACCGGUGACCGACUCGGCCGUAAAUGGUCUGUCUUCACUGGUGCCUGUAUCUCCUGCUUUGGAUGUGCGUUGCAGGCUGGCGCCGUUAAUAUGGUUAUGCUCAUUAUCGGCCGCUUUAUUGCUGGCGCUGCCGUUGGUAUGCUCACUUCGGUUAUCCCCAUGUAUGCCGGUGAGAUUGCCGAGUCUUCGUCCAGAGGUAUGAUGUCUGGAUUGUUGCAGUGGAUGUUGAGUUGGGGUUUCUUGGUUGCGCAGUGGUUGGGUUAUGGAUGUUCGUUCAAUGAAACUGAGUUCCAGUGGCGCUUUCCUCUCGCUUUCCAAUGUGUCCCCAGUCUAGCCCUCAUCAGUGGAGUCCUAUUCCUAAACGAAUCUCCCCGCUGGCUGAUGGAAAAAGACCGCCACGAGGAAGCCCUCGUCGCCCUCCAGAACCUCCACGGCGACGGCACCCCUGAGAAAACACAGUACAUCGAGCUCGAAUUCCAAGAAAUCCGCGAGACAAUUCAAGCAGAGCGCGCUCAGACCAAGGUCUCCUGGACAACCAUCCUCCGCAAACCAUCCUGGCGCCGCCGUCUCAUCCUCGGCUGUGCCGUGCAAGCCUUUGGCCCUCUAUCCGGUAUCAACGUGAUCAACUACUAUGGCACACGUAUCUACUCUUCCCUCGGAAUCGACACCCAGACUUCCCUCAUGAUCAUCGGUAUCAGCGGCGCACUGUCAAUCGUCUAUUGCACAGGUGGACUCUGGGCUCUUGAGCGUGUCGGCCGUAUCAAGCCGCUCAUCUUCUCGGCUGCGGGUAUGGCGGCUGCACUCGUCUGCAAUGCUGCCAUGUCGCAGCAUUUCAAUGAAGAAAAUACGAACCAGCUUCGGGCUAUGGUCGCCAUGAACUUCGUGUUUAGUUUCUUCUACACAUUCGUCGGUAUCAUCUCUUGGGUUUACCCUGCUGAGAUUUUCCCUGUUGAUGUGCGCAACCAGGGUAACUCUAUUACCACGUUCACGAACUGGACUAUCAAUUUGGUCUUUGCGCAGUUCUCGCCUAAUGCGCUGUCGACUAUUGGGUUCCGCUAUUUCUAUGUCUUCUUUGUUUUUAAUUUGGUGGCUAUGUUGUCUUAUAUCUUCUUCUUCCCCGAGACGAGGGGUAAGACAUUGGAACAGAUGGAUAUCUUGUUUGGGGAUGAGGCACCGGCUGGCCUUGAGAAUGAGAAGGAGACUGUUGAAGUGGUGGAGCAUGCUAGCAAGUAA